AUGAGUGAUACACAAUCGACGAGUAAUGUGGGUGUUGGACGGGAAGGAGUGCGUGUGGACUUUCGAGCCCUGGUACCCUUCUCAGGAGGCUACUCACCGGAGCAGGUACGAGGCGGCUUGUCUGGUCCUCGUCUUGGUGGACAUCCGUCCGCGAUAUGGCGAAAGAUCACGAUAUACCACUCGAACCAAGAUGGGUCCUACUGUCUAACCAGUUGCGGCUGGAGCCGGACGGUAGCCAGAAGAGAACGACGGGAGAGAUUGAGGACCCGUCAUCCUGAGGCACCACCACCAACAACAACAUCAACGGUGGUGGAAGCAAAUGGCAACGAGGAAGUCCAAGAAGACAACACCGAAAGAGAGGAUGAUGGGCCUUCGAAUACGCCACAGCCAACCAUCAUCAUAUACAACAGCAAUAUGGGUGACAACAUAGGUGGCCAGGCAACAUCACAAAUGGCCACCCUCAAUCUCUCCGAUGAGGAGUGCUGA